CAGCAGUUCUGGGCAGACGCAGAGCAGGGUGCGGUGUGUGGGACUGGCGCACCCUCUAGCGGCCACCAUGAGCACCAUCUUGUCCCGCAAUCCGGGACGCGGCAGUGGCCAGGAGGGCAAGGCCUUUUUCGGAGCCGCGCACCGGUUGUCUGCCGUGGUCCCACCGCCCCAGACGUGUGAGGUAUCCCCUGCCUGUCCCUUCUAAUGGCUUCCCAUAGACCCCACCGAAGCUGCUCGCCCCACCCCGAUUACCAUAGAGACCGCUUGUACACAGUAUUACUCCCACGCUUUCCCCUUCAUCCGAGGGAGGGCCACCUCAGGAGCCACCUUGUAGCGACCCCGCUGGGGCUGGAUGGCCGGGGCCCAUGAACAACAGGGCCCCGGGGACGCUGGCUGUGGGGAGAGUGAAAUAUUUCGGCAGGCACCACGGAGAGGUCAACUCCUCUGCCUUCUCCCCCAACGGCCAGACGCUGCUCACAGCCUCAGAUGAUGGCUGUGUGUAUGGCUGGGAGACACAGACUGGGCAGCUGUUGUGGAAGCUGGGUGGCCACACAGGCGCCGUGAAGUUCUGCCGCUUCUCCCCUGAUGGCCGCCUCUUUGCCAGCACAUCCUGUGACUGCACCAUCCGCCUGUGGGAUGUGGCAAGAGCCAAGUGUCUGCAGGUCCUGAAAGGUCACCAACGGAGUGUGGAGACAGUCAGCUUCAGUCCUGACUCGAGGCAGCUAGCAUCAGGUGGCUGGGACAAGAGGGUGAUGCUCUGGGAGGUGCAGUCAGGCCAGAUGCUGCGCCUCUUACUUGGGCACCGUGACUCCGUCCAGAGCAGUGACUUCUCACCCAGUGCGGACUGCCUGGCCACUGGCUCCUGGGACUCUACCGUGCGCAUCUGGGACCUGCGGGCUGGGACGCCAAAGACCUUCCACCAUAAGCUGGAGGGUCACAGUGGUAACAUCAGCUGUGUGUGCUACUCACCAUCUGGCCUCCUGGCAUCCGGUUCCUGGGACAAGACCAUCCGCAUCUGGAAGCCCCAGCCAGCCAGCUUGCUCGUCCAGCUCAAGGGCCACGUCACCUGGGUGAAGAGCAUAGCUUUUUCCCCCAAUGAGUUGUGGCUGGUCAGCGCUGGUUACUCCCGCCUGAUCAAAGUCUGGGACUGCAACACAGGGAAGUGCAUUGAGACCCUGAAGGGAAUCCUGGAUGUGGCCCAUUCCUGUGCCUUCACCCCAGAUGGGAAACUCCUAGUGUCUGGAGCUGCUGAUCAGGCAUGCUGAUCCAAUCACCCAGAGCCAAGUGCUGACCAGGUGACCUCUGGAAUGUAACAUCACUACACCAAGAUAAAUGGCUGUCUAGCCCUCAGCCCUGCCUCCUGCCCCAUCCCCUGCCUGGGAAGAAUGAAGCUGUGGGCCCGGCAAAAUGAACUAGUAGAGGACA